AUGACUCCUCUGCUCACACGUCUACGACGGUUUACCGCGGACACAGUGGACGAUGACAUUUAUAUCCCUCGCAAUUUCAUCGAGUCCGUCCAGAACAACACUAAAUUCAAACAGUUGAAAGACGAUAAUGAGUGGUUACAGCGUAUCGAUAAGGAUCUCUCCGAUUCUGACCUAUCCAUUCUUCGCCACGCCUUUCUCAUGGAUGGUCACAACUUUAUGAACACUUUGUCCCAGUUCCUUCAUACCGUCAAGUGGCAGGAGUUCUUUGCACAUACAUGUACACAGGCAGUUUCCAAAAUGCCCAUCCUGAUACACAUGCUCCUGAUGGCCUGGCGUGAUUCGCUGGGAACAAAGGAUAUACCAGAACCAAUGGGUAAAGCUUUUGAGGAUUCUCUCGGCAACCUGAACGGGAGUCGGUUCUUUGACAGCGGCUGUGUUGAGGCGAUCCGGAGUCGGUAUUGCGAUCCAAAAAGGCCAAGAGUGGGUUGCACCAUAGAACGUUCUGUUCUUAAAGGUCGGCUGGGAGGAAGCUGGAGAGAAUUCAAGAUUCCUGAAGUAGAAUAUCUGAAUCAACUGUAUGAGACUGUCAAAAAGGAAAAAGGUCAUUCCGUUGGUAUGGAGAUAGGAACCGCAACGGUUCCAAAUUUCUUGAUUGCAGCAGUCGAGAUUGACAUACUUCGCAUCGACAGCACCCAACCAGACGAUAUGACUUUCGGACAGAACGUACCUUCCGAUGCUGGUGAGCCUGACUGUUUAUUGUCUUCCAGUCGUUGGACUGUCAUCGGGAGAAACCUCUGUCGUCUCGGCUUGCGCGUGGGAGCUGAUGUGCCACGAUGGUCUGGGCAGCCCAAACCAACAACGGUGAUAAUGGCUUUGCAAGCCGUUAUCAACAACGAGGGUCCAGCUGUGAGCAUCAUGCUAUCACGUCUCGAAAGGUAUCAAGUCCAGAUACAGAAGCAACAGCAGGUCAUCACCGCCUUGCAAUUUCGACAUCUUAUGGAGCAUCUCCCCAUUGGUGUGCGAGAUCAAUGGCUGGCCUCAGCGAGCAAGACAGACGGAGUUAGCGAAGCUUCACGCUGGGACCGGAUGAAAGAGGUGGAGAAGUGGAACGAGUUCUGGAUAGAGUCUGUGAAGCAGAUCUUCAGAAGUUACAUGGAGGACGGCGCAGAGGCGUGGGAGGGUAGUAAGGGACAUGAACCGAGUCCUUUUGCUCAUCUUCUCAAGCACCAUCUUAUUCGGGCCGGCGAGAAGAACAACGAGCGCGAUGCCGUUCACCUGCUGGCACAUGAAACGGAUGUUGGCGAGCGGGUGAAGAGGCUGUACAGCACACUAAGCCAGAUCAUUCAUCAGUAUUCUGAUGCUGACUUUGAGGUCAACAAACUGAACUUCAGUCCGUUAGACGCUCGCAUCCUCACCGCGUUGAUCCCGAAGAACAUUAAGAAGAAGGUGUCUGACGAUGAAGACGAACGGAUUCCUUUGGACGAGAAGAGUGAAAUUAUCGCUUGGAAGGAGGAAUUCCGACGCUAUGUCUGGGAGAACGUCACCCCGGCAGCUUCCAUGCAGACUCGAGCCAAACCUUCCAAGAAAAGCUUACUCGAUAAUGCUACCUUCGACGAUGCCAAAUUCGUAUCGACAAUCACUGCCAAAUUCACUCUGGCCAAGAAGCAUAUCAGUUCCUGCAACAGGAUUCACCACACUGUGCUAGCUGCAGUAUUUGAUGCGAUUGGACGCAUGUCGUUACUGGCUGCGGGACGAUGCGUCGCGAAUGGUCGUCUAGGACUUACUAUCGAAAGCUCCUUUGUGGCAACUGCAGGAGACCAUAUUCAUGUCACGGGUCACAUGGCCCUGGAUGAACAGGAUCAGAGUAUUUCUUCUACAGAGGUCUAUACGAAGGCUGCUGAUGGUACUAUGGUCGCGAGCGGGAGUUUUAAGGCCGGGGAAGUUCGAGAAACGAAGGAUGGAGAGGCGCAUGACAACAUGAUUUGA